AAUUUUUUGACCGAAAGAAACUGAAAUAACCCAAAAGACAUCAACUUAACAAGCGUUUCGAUGACGAAGAUGGCAAUAUUAGUGUCGGCACGAACAUUGUCAAAAUAUCAGCAUUUGUAUAGAAGUGGAAGAUGUCUGUGUACCUCACACUCGAAUGACCCCAAAGAUACCAUAGGUCCUCCAAUAAAAGCCUGGAAAUAUGUGAUUAAUAAAUUAAACAGACUUGUAGAAGCAUCGGAGCGAAAGUUGGAGACUAAUCUACCAAAGGUUUAUAAAGCUUACAAUACAGUUAAAUGUGUGCGUUUUAUUAUUUUGGACACACGGACCUACUUCAGCGUGGCAACAAAUAUGUGGACGGGACGUGAACUGCACACAUUCUCCCGACGGGAACUGGAAAUAUACCAGGAGAUGCCGAGAGAUCUUGUGAAAGUCGUGCUGCUGCUUUUGGCCUGGGCGAUACCUGUUGUGGGCAACGGAUUUCUCAUCAUAGGAUACUGGUUCCCGAGGGUGUUCUUCACCCAUCACCUAUGGAACGAGAGCCAGAAGCAGCAGUUUGGCUGCCACAAGUUGGCACAUCGCAUCAACCACUACCACCAGGUGCUACAAGCCAUGGACCACAAGGCGUAUAAACACACGGAGGGGGAAACCAGAGACGCCCUCAUGGCCAUCCUAGAUAAGUUGGAGCACUCAGACCAUCCGUCUCCAGAGGAACUACUUUCCCUCAAGCACCUGUUCGAAUCGUCACCAUUUUCUCUGGAAUAUUUAUCAACACACUAUUGUCGAUUAUUAUCAAAGGCAAACGGUCUUAGUCUUCGGCGUUCCAGUUUGUCCCAAGACGCCUUGAUUGCUCUACACAUUGACCGGGCCAUGAUGAAAGAAGGAAUAGUGAACCUCUCAGAUUCAGACAUGUGCACGGCUUGUUUAAAACGAGGCCUUAAUCCUUAUGGUCUAACAAGGGAUGACAGAAUGCAGUUUCUGCUCUCGUGGACUUCCAUUACACAAAAACUGGAUGAGACUGGUGUGUCGCUACUUCUUCAUAGCCCGGCCCUGCUCACAUACAACGCUACCUCCAACAUUCAACUCAUGAAGGGCAAGCGAUACAAAUGGAGACGUAUAUCACCUAUAUGAGGUCCACAUUCCUUCCAACCUCCCUCUCGUCUUUGUUAAAUCUCCAUAGGCAGACAGCACAAGCAAAUGGGGAGAUUUAACUUUUGGGAUAGGAGGGUUGGAAAACAUCCCUCUCUCAAACGAGCCUUGCUGUGAGAAAACGGUGCUUAUUGCACGUGCUCAAAGCAGUCCGCACAGGCUAAUCAGGAACAUCACUUUCCACUUUAAUGGACUUUUUUGUUUAAAGGAAGUCUCUUUUUAACGCAAAUCCAGUGUAGGGGGAACCAGUGUAGGGGGAACCAGUGUCGUCCGACUGCGCAGGCUAAUCUGAGUUGACACUUAAGGCACAUGCAUAAAGCCCUGUUUUCCCAGAGAAAGAUUCAAUUGUAAAAUCUCCAUCAGCGGAAAGUUUUGUGAUUUGUAUAAGGCAAUCUCUUGUGUGUAAAGAGUACUUGGGUGAAAAGAAAAUUCUUAUGUGAAAUUUUAAAAGUUGUCACUGAAAGUGGAAUUGUUAAGUUAUCACUUGAAGAGAAAUUUUCAAAGUUAUCUCUUAUCUGAAGCAUUGUGUUCAAUAUUCACAUGAUACUGUUAUUAUUUCGUGAAUUGUAUGCGUUCAACCUAUCCAUGCUUUUAACACAAACAUAUCCAAAAAUUACAGACACAAAUUCCUCAUUUUUGUCAAAUAUGAGAAAUACAAGAAAUUUUGUGUCCUGGAAAGUCGUUUGUUAGUAAAACAACACGAAAAUUCAUGCCAACAAAGGUAAAUGAUUUUACAGUAUGCUGUGUAUGCUCAUUGAAAAUAUCUAGUACUGUAUUUUCUGCACUUAAUAUAUUAACUGGGUAACGGUGUGUUUAAAAAAACCACGAAAUCUGUGAAUAAGUACUUUUUUUGCUAAUUCUGACUAUUGAUUACCUUUUAUACUUAUUCUAACAAUUGAUUACCUUGUAUGCUAAUUCUAACCAUUGAUUACCCUUUAUGCUAAUUCUAACCAUGGAUUACCUGUUAUGCUAAUUCUAACCAUGGAUUACCUUUUAUGCUAAUUUUAACCAUUGAUGGUGACUUCGGGCAUGCAAGGAGAAAUUGAGCCUCGUUCUGGGAACAAUAGGCUGAAUACAUGUGCUUAAAGUGUCAUCCCAGAUUAGCCUGUGCAGUCAACACAGGAUAAUCAGGGACCACAUUUUUGUUUUUAUGGAUUUGUUUAAAGGAAGUCUAUGUGCUAAAAGUGUCAUCCCAGGUUAGCCUGUACAGUCUGCACAGGAUAAUCAGGGACCACAUUUUCGUUUUUAUGGAUUUGUUUAAAGGAAGUCUGUGUGCUAAAAGUGUCAUCCCAGGUUAGCCUGUACAGUCUGCACAGGAUAAUCUGGGACCACAUUUUUGCUGGUAAAGUUUUGUUUAAAGUAAGUCUCUUCUAACUGAAAAUAAAGUUUAAACGGAAAGUGUAGUCCCAGAUAAGCCUGUGUUGACUGCAUAGGCUUAUCUUGGACGACACUUUACAAACAUGCAUUAAGUCUUGUUUUCCCAGAGCUCAAUAGAAGAAUCCUAGUAAUAAUGUGUUAUGUAUUAAUCUUUAUUUGAUGUUGAUG